AUGCUUUCUGAUCCGAUUAAUUUAGCAAGCCUUUUUGUAUUAGGAUCUAUAGGAUGGCUUACCUAUAAAAUUCUUAUUUGGCCAUUUUUUGUUUCUCCUUUGAGAAAGAUUCCUGGUCCACCACCUGAUAGUCUAAUUUACGGAAAUGUUAAAGCAUUGUUAUCAGGAGAGGCUGACGGUUUUGUUGAACCACAAUUUAAAUGGUAUAAAAAAUACGGAAAUAUAGUAAAAUACUACGGAAUAUUUAACAAACCAGCAGUUUUUGUUGCCGACCCAAAAAUAAUUCAAGAAAUAACGUUGAGUAAAAGCUAUGAUUUCAUUAAACCUUACAGUAAUAAUAAGCCUGCUAUUGCACUUCUCGGUAAAGGACUUGUAUUUGCGGAAGGUGACGUUCAUAAAAGACAAAGAAAAAUGAUGAAUCCAGCUUUCUCUCAUAGUAACAUCAAAGGAAUGGUUCCAGAUUUUAUUCGUGUAACCAAUACUUUAAUAGACUUAAUCAAAAAAGAGUUAAGCCAAGGAAAUUCUAACGUUAAUCUUACACCUUAUAUAUCAAAGACUACUUUGGAUAUUAUCGGUUUAGUAGGAUUUAGUUAUGAAUUCAAUUCGUUAACAUCCCCAAACGAAUUGGCAGUAGCAUACGAUGGUGUUUUCAAUACCACUCCCGAUAUGUUACACGCUACCAUUAUAAUGUUAUCAAGUUAUAUCUCAUUUGUCAGACAUAUUCCAUUCGGUGUAAAUUUGAGAUAUAAAGAAGCGUGUGAUGUUAUACACCGCGAAUCACAGAAAUUGAUUGAUGCAAAAUAUAAAGAAGCCGAAAGUGGAGACUUGAAAAGUAAGGAUUUGUUGUCAUUAUUAAUUAAUAACAAUAAAACUUUACCCGAAGAAGAAAAAUUGACUUAUGAUGAAUUAAGAAAUCAAAUUAUGACAUUUUUAGUAGCAGGACAUGAAACUACAAGCGUUACAACUUCUUGGGCUUUAUAUUUACUCGCACAUCAUCCACAUUAUCAAGAUUUAUUACGUGAGGAAUUAGUUAAAGCUUAUCCUGAUAAAUCAAAAUUCAAUCCCACAUAUGAUGAAAUACAUUCUUUGGAGUUUUUAAAUUGCGUACUUAAAGAAACUUUAAGAAUAGCCACUCCAGGUACAUACGGUUUUAUUACUUUAGGUACUGAAAUACAUGUUGGAAUUUUAGCAAUUCAAAAAUCGGCUGAAAUUUGGGGUCCAACGGCUGAGGAAUUUGAUCCAAGUAGAUGGUUAGAUCCUGCUUUAAUGAAGAAGAUAAACAAUUAUAAUUAUUUACCUUUCCUUAAUGGUGCAAGAGGUUGCAUAGGUAAUAAAGUAGCUUCAGCUGAAGCUAAAAUAAUGUUGGCCAUGUUAAUUAUGAAUUUCGUUUUCAAACCAAUUGAAGGAUUUCAAAUUAGGAGAAGAGCUUUCCCUACACCAAAAGUUGAUCCAUAUCUUGGAUUAGAUGUGUCUAUAGUUAAAUCUUAAAUUUAUUAUCUAUACAAUAUAUAUUACUAUAUUAUUAUUUUCUUUGUUACUACCUACAUUAUUUCAAUAAAUUGUCAUAAUUCAUUUAAUUUUA